CUAAAAUACUGUAGGUGAUCACUGAGACUCUUUAUAUUUGAAGUCAAAGGUUGUUUAUAUUGCUAUGACUACGGAGUACAUUCUACAGAUCUUUAUGGUGAUCUUGUUGAUUGUAAUCAAUAUAAAGUACAUUUCAGGUAUAUCUGUAACUUGUUACACAUGUGAUGACUGUCCAGUCCCAUUUAACGCCUCAUCUCCAAAAGUGGGAAUCAAAAGUGACUGUAAAUGGUGUGCUACGCUUAAUGUUGCAGACCGACAUCAACCUAUCAGAAAAUGUACUCAAGAAUUGAAUUCACGAAUUGUACUUUUGGCUUUAACGACAACACGUGUCUUAUAUAAUGUUGACAAGAAUACUGUAGUCGAAGUUUAUUUAUAUUUCUAUAACUAUGGAGUACAUUCCACAGAUCUUCAUGGUGAUCUCAUUGAUCAUGAUCAAUAUAAACUACAGUUUAUCUGUAACUUGUUACACUUGUGA